GCAGGGAUUUUACCUGAGGCACAUUAUGACAAAUUCUUAUCAACAAGAAGUUCAAAAAUAAGACAACUAAUUUUACCUAUAAUUCGUAGCGAGACAAAAUUAUUAACUCGCAUUCAGGGUUCACUUAGAAAUUCAUUUUUUGAUUGGUAUUUCACCACUUCAGCUUCUUUGGGUAAUCACACAUUUUUUCUGAUAGCUCUUCCAAUAAUAUUUUGGUUUGGAUAUGCACCAUUUGCUAGAGGGUGGGUUGAUUUUGUUGGUAUCGGAUUGGGAGUUGUUUGGAGUGGAUAUGUAAAAGAUAUGUUAUGUCUCCCACGUCCGCUAUCACCUCCAAUUCAACGUCUGACAGUUUCAGGAACUUUGCACUUAGAAUAUGGGUUUCCAUCAACUCACACCACAAAUGCAGUCUCAAUAACACUUUAUUUUUUAUCAUUUAUAUUUUCAGUUGACGAAGGAAAAGCUGUCAUGGAGAUGGCAGAAGAAGAUGGGUUCUAUAAUGUAUUAAUAAAAAGCAUUUAUGUCACUAUAUUGACAACUUAUUGUUUGACCAUAACAAUCGGCCGUAUUUAUUGUGGAAUGCAUAGCAUAACUGAUGUUUUAGCAGGUGUGUGUAUUGGAAUUUUAUCGUGGUGGACUCAAUGGGGAUGGCAAAAUAAUAUUGAAGAAUUGAUAGUGAAUGAUAGUUUAUUAGUUCCAAUUGGGAUUAUAUUUAUUGGAAUAUUUACAGUUUAUAUAUUUCCUGAACCAGUAGAUGAUUGUCCAUGCUUUGAAGAUUGUGUUGCAUUUAUUGGUGUUUUGGUAGGAAUGAUUUUUGGAAGUUGGAGACAUGCAAAAUCUUCAUAUAGUCUACAUGGAUCUGGUGUAGCAAAUAUUCCAUAUGAUUAUAAUAUUAUUGGAUUUCCAAUAUCAAUUGCAAGAAUCAUACUUGCUCAAAGUAUUAUUUUAGCACAGGUCAUUGAUUUGGAUGCAAAGUAG